AUGGAUGCAAGGCCAUCUCGCCCGGACCGGCCGUAUCAGCGGACCUACAAGGCAUGCAUUCCCUGCCGGCAACGCAAGGCUAAGUGCGACCUGGGUGCGGGCCCAGAUGGCUUACCCAUCGGCCCACCUUGCGCACGUUGUCGCCGGGAAAUGCGAGAGUGUGUGUUCCCCGAGAAACGGGCUUGGGAAAGAUCCCGAAAACGUGCUCGAUCCGUCGAAGAAACCGAAGAGCAAAUUUCUCCACAUGCAGAACACUAUCUAUCUGAUGUGGCACCGGACACGGCUAGUGGAAGAUAUUCCCAAACCCACCAGUCGCCAACUCAGCAUGCUGGCACUAGUCCUUUCCAACCAGGUUGGGCACUCAACGGACAUUCAGCGUCCCUGCAACAUGAACAAAGCCCUAUAAACAUAAGCCCAAGACCCGGCAGGGAGUUAUUAAGCCAUGGGAAUCAUUCUUCACCCCAUGCUCCUAGCGAGCAUCGGCACCGGUCUAAUCCGAAUUUAGCGAGCUCUAUGAUGCGGACGGUCGUCGCCAGCGGAAAUGACGCCCUCAACAUCCUGUUCGAGGCAGCUACAGCACAAAGCCAAGAGGACAAUACCCACAAUGAGCCUAGCCCUUCCAUCGGAGACAUCCCAAAGAAUGGAAAUACCCAUGCGAAGGAGCGAAGUACUCCUCGGAAUUUUGAAAGCCCCAUACCCUUCGAGCCGGUUCCCAGAAACACGCGCCCGGUAGAUCUAGUAGAAGUGUCGCAAGAUACACUCCAAAUCUGGCAAGCUUGCCGCUUUGUCAGGAUGGGUUGGUUUACAGCUCGAGAGGCAGCGACGUUCAUUGAUUUAUUCUUUAAGAAUAUGUCCUGUUUAUCUCCUAUCCUCACUGACUUUUAUUCAAAUCACCGGAAUCAUUACACGCUCAUCACUCGCGAACCAGUUCUUUGUUGUACCAUCCUUAUGAUAUCGUCUCGCUAUCAUAUUCUCCCCGGGGCCGGGGGCGAAUCCAGAAACUUUUUCAUCCACCACCGUCUUUGGCAACAUUGCCAGCAGCUAACGAUGCGCUUGAUUUUUGGGCAAGAAAAGGCAACCAAAUCCAAGAUUCGUAGCCUUGGAACUGUGGAGGCCCUACUGUUAAUGGCCGAGUGGCAUCCUCGAUCACUACAUUUCCCGCCAGAAACGGAUGGCUGGGACGACGAUUUAAUCUCCGUGGGCCCAAAGCCCUUUGAGUCAACUGACUCGAACAAUGACUCCGCAAGCAGAUGGUUAGAAGAUAUGAUUGAGCCCUCGCGGAGGUCCGACCAAAUGUCUUGGAUGCUACUUGGAUGCGCUCUCUCCCUUGCACAUGAGCUCGGUCUCUUUGAGACCGAGGAGGACGACUCUGAGGAAGAGGAUCCGCAGUGGAAAGAGCAAAUAGCUCUCCGGCGGCAGAGGGUGCAACGCUUACUUUAUGUCUACAUAAAUCAACUUGCAUGGCGCAUUGGGUGUAUGUCGCCAAUCCCCCAGUCCCUCAACCACGCAGUUCUCGGUGGGCGAAAACCUCGAGGAUUAAGUCAGCCCGGUAGCACAUGGCUCACCUUCAUGGACUCAUGGAUUGAGCUUACCAAGUUGGCGCAAUCAGUCACUGAUAUGUUCUUUCCAUCUGCAAAAUUUGCCCGUCAGCAGCUUCAUAGUGGCCGGUAUAUUGGGCUCCUUGACCAUUUCCGGCCUCUCCUCAACCAAUGGAAAGACAAGUAUCUACACCCACACGUGCUUGAUAAAUCUUUCUACAAUGAUCUUUUUAUUGAAUAUCACUUUGUCCGCGUGUACACCCACUCCGUGGGUAUGCAGGCCGUGGUAGAGCGUGCCCUGGCAGAUGCAGACUCUAGCUUGGAUGAAGUACGACCGAUGACGAUCGAACAAACCGACUACGAAUACAUUCAAGAGGUCAUCGAUGGCUGCUGCCAGAUCUUACGCAAAGUCACGCAGCUUGCAGAAACCGGGGCAUUGCGGUUUUCUCCUGUGCGCAUCAUCUUGCGCGUUACCAGUGCAUCGAUCUUCUUAAUGAAAGCGCUCAGUCUAGGUACUCGUGAGGCAGUGCUUCGAGAGUCACUCGAGGUACUGGAGAAAAGCAUCAGUGCGCUCAAGUCCAAUGCCUUGGAUGACGUUCAUUUGAGUACCCGAUACGCCGCACUUCUGGACAUGCAUGUGUCCCGCCUACGUCGUAAUCUGUUGGCUUCCUCCAAGACUGUUAAGAAUAACCGAGGAGCUGCUAGUCGAUCUUCAAUGGGUCCUCCUGCUUGGCCCGAUACGAACGAUCGUGCCAACCAAGUCCAUACCCCGGCAUCCCAGGACUUGUCCUCGGAUUUAGCUUUCAUGCCGUCUCUAAACGAAAUGACAGAUGACUGGCUCUCGCUGCCUUUUGAUCCAUCAAUGGCACCCUUCGGGAUGUCUAGUGGUAGUCAAUUCCCCAUGUGCGAAGGCGGCGCCUUGGACUUUAUUUGGAAUUUACCGUCCUGA